AAGCAACUAGAGUUAUUAAACUUGUUGAUAUAAUUAGAUACUUAAUAACAAUACUAGGUGGCAGUGGUAUCGCUUUGUUUCUUUAAGAAAAUCAAAGAGAGCAUCGUCUGAAUGAAACAUUAUUCUUGGGUGAAGUUUGUCUCGCUGUCCUCCUGUUUACGUAUCGAAUUGCAGCAACUUGGACGUACUGUCAGUUUCUCAGCCGUAAUCCUGCUUGCGAUUGGCAGAGUGCUCGAGAUAUAGAAAGAACUGAUCCAUGCGUUGCUCGUGGUAAUUACUGGGUAAUACGGAAAUUCCGCUUAGUACGUGCCAUCAUCAUGAAAGUCCGACACUCAAGCGCUCUUUUCCUGCAUUUUACGGUGAGAGUCCAACGGUGACGGCUGUACUGUUGUGGAUCAAAUAUUGGCGUAAAAAAGGAGACGUGGACAAGGAUUUUUGUUCCUGAUUGGGUGACUUCCGAAACGGUGGUCCUCUUUAGAAAACGACCCACAAAUGGACUCGACGGGUCAGAGUCAAAAUCAGAACGCCAACAACGGCAGUGAGGAUGGCAAUGAAAACAAGGGCAGCUGUCUGUUACUCCGAUAUGCCAGUCAGAAUUCCUUGGAUGAAAGCUCGCAGAAGCAUGUACCUAGAGAGAAUGGAAAGGAUAAACCACCGUACAGGAGUCAUCAUCAUACCAAUAGAGCAUUUGAUGUUAUCAAUGCAAUGCGAAAACAAAAUUUACUUUGCGACGUAAUAUUGGUGGCUGAUGGCGGUUUGGAAGUACCAGCCCACAAAAUGGUCUUGGCAGCAUGCAGUCCCUAUUUCUAUGCCAUGUUCACGAGCUUCGAAGAGCGGGACCAAGAACGUAUCACCUUACAAGGAGUAGAUUAUGCUGCCUUAGAGCUGCUUGUCGAGUAUGUCUAUUCAGCUGAAGUCCAUGUAACCGAAGACAAUGUUCAGGUUCUAUUGCCAGCAGCAAAUCUUCUCCAGCUAACAGAUGUCCGGGAUGCUUGUUGUGAUUUUCUGCAAGCUCAGCUCCAUCCUACAAACUGUCUAGGAAUUCGUGCAUUCGCUGAUCUACAUGGAUGCUUAGAACUUCUUGGUCACGCGGACAGUUACAUCGAACAGCACUUCUCAGAGGUCGUCGAAGGAGAGGAGUUUCUGACACUGGCGUCACAACAAGUAGCGAAGCUAAUAUGUAGUGAUCGUCUCACUGUACCAUCCGAGGAGAAGGUCUUUGAAUGCGUUAUCUCCUGGGUGCACCAUGACCUAGAAAAGCGGCAGGAUUAUCUCGCUCAAUUAAUGGAACAUGUCCGUCUACCAUUACUUUCCCAGGAGUAUCUGGUGCAAAGAGUAGAGGACGAGCCUCUCUUGAAAGCAAAUUUACAAUGUAAAGACUAUUUAAUAGAAGCUCUGAAGUAUCACUUGCUCAAGGGAGAGCAGAAAUCCUUGUUCAAAACACCAAGAACAAAACCAAGACAACCUCGUGGACUGCCCAAGCUUCUCCUGGUAGUGGGUGGACAAGCACCGAAGGCUAUCAGAAGUGUAGAGUGUUAUGACUUCAAGGAAGAAAGAUGGUACCAGGUCUCAGAGUUGCCAACGCGUCGUUGCAGAGCUGGACUGUCCGUCCUUGGCGGUCGCGUAUACGCGGUGGGAGGUUUCAAUGGAUCUCUGAGAGUGCGAACGGUCGACGUAUACGAUGCCUCUGCCGACCAGUGGUCGGCCUGUCCAGGAAUGGAGGCGAGACGAUCGACGCUGGGCGUCGCGGCACUUGGCAAUUGCAUUUACGCCGUCGGUGGCUUCGACGGUUCUACGGGUCUUAAUACAGCUGAAGUCUACGAUCCUAGAACUCACGAAUGGAGAAUGAUUGCACCAAUGUCUACACGUCGCAGUAGUGUUGGCGUUGGCGUAGUGAAAGGAUUAUUGUACGCUGUCGGCGGCUAUGAUGGUGCGUCUAGGCAGUGUCUAUCCAGUGUUGAAUGUUACAAUCCGGAAACGGAUCAGUGGAAACCAGUUCCGGAAAUGUCAGCACGUAGGAGCGGCGCUGGCGUAGGCGUUUUGGAUGGAAUUUUAUACGCAGUCGGAGGUCACGACGGACCCCUUGUUAGGAAAAGCGUUGAGGCCUUUAAUCCAGAAACCACACAAUGGACUCCGGUCAGCGAUAUGGCUCUGUGCCGUAGAAAUGCCGGUGUAGUGGCAUUGAACGGACUUCUAUACGUCGUUGGUGGGGAUGAUGGUUCCUCGAAUCUUGCCUCCGUCGAAGUUUACUCACCCAGGACGGAUACCUGGGCGACGCUGCCAACUUGUAUGGGAAUCGGACGUAGUUAUGCUGGUGUCGCUAUCAUCGAGAAGCCAUUGACAGCAGCUAUGACAAUGUGAGGGCUGCAAACCGCUGGGCAUGUAACGGAG